GGCCGAGGCGCUCCGCCAAGAAUGCAACGCGCUUAGAAUGGAGCGGGAUGCCGCAUUGCGAAAGCUCGAAAAGAAUCACGAAAGGAAGAAGAUUGAUGGGAGUGACAUUAUAGAGAAGAAGAUGGGGGAGCUGAAGGUGAGAUCGAGAGGGGUCGACGGAGAAGCUCACGGUGUGAGGGAGAUAAGGGAGAUCGAGUCCUCCUCCUCAAGUUUAGCCAAGCAGAAGCAUGAAAUCAACGUUGAGAUGCUGAAGAGAAAGAUGGAGGGGAUAUCAAAGGGGAUGAUGGAGAGGAUGGAGGAGUACGGAUCCUUCUUGAUUACUCCUUCCUCAAGCAGCAACACUACAAGCUCCGUUAACAACAGCUACAGUGCUGCCACUGCCAAGUUUGGGUGCGGGCAGGCGACAGCCAAGCAACGGACGAUGAAAGAAAUGGGAACUGUGAGCAACAGAUGCUGUUGUAGCUGCAAGCAGAUUGUAACAAGAAUAGCAGAGGAGGUGAAGUCCGAGACAGAGCAAUGGACCGAGAUGCAGGAAAUGCUCGAUCAAGUCAGGCUCGAAAUGGAGCAGCUCAAGUCAUCCAAAGACCUCUGGAAACGCAGAGCCAUCGCGUCUGAGCUCAAUAUCCGCUCUCUUCACUCUCGUAUGAUAGAGUGGAAACAAAGGGCAAGGGCAUCAGAGAAGAAGGUGGAUGAGCCGAAGAAUUUAGUGCAUUGUGAUGAAUGGAAGCAGGCGAGGCUUCCGAAGAUUAGAUGCCAACAAGUAGAGGAGAGAUCACCGGAUUAUGCUGCCAUUGAGAAAGAGAAGCAUGUUCUCGUCUGUCGCCUGAACAAUCCGAAGAGCAAUUUCAGUAGUCGCUCACCUCUGAAGGAGAUCAGUAACUUGUUGAAAUGAAGCAAUAGUGGCCCUGAUCUGCUACAAAGAUAAUUUUGCAGCAUCGAAAUAAGAAGUGUUCAUGAUCAAUUACAGGGGGCUUCUUCUUGAAGCAUCCUAAUUUUGUGACAUCAAUUGAUCGAGUUUUUCUCUCAGGCUAUAUAUAUGUGUGUCUUGGUUUAUGAUGGAGAUGUAAAGAAUUUUCUGCAAGAGUAAUGAUAACAUUCAGCAAUAUGAUGAGUGGAACUAUUGAAUAAAAAGAACAAGUAAGGCUGUGCAAAC